AUGAAUUUGCUGGAUUUUUUAUACAACAAAGCUGAAACAUUGGAGGAAAUUGGCGCCCUGAACAAAAACCUACCUGAUGUACCACCGUUAAUCAAGACUAUUGGUGUUUUCGUAUUCUUCGUCUCUUCUGCUCAUACUGAUGGACAAGCCUACCACGCUGCUGAUGGUCUUUCCCCGUGGACUACAAAAUCAGGCGUUGGUGAAAAAACGAAGAGAAUGUACAUGCGCACAGAAAGAACAUGUUCAACACUGGACGAAGAAAACGGUAUCUUCACAGUUUCGAAUGAUCAAAUCACUCCAUCAGAAUAUAUAUAUAUAUAUACCAGCCGCUGA